AUGGGUCGUUCUCUCCGCACGUUUGCGGCCUACUCACAGCCGUUCGUAGUGAAAAAUGCUCGAUAUGCAACCAGCGGGUGCCCGUUCUCAAAACGGCAACGUUCCCAAAUUGCCCCCACCGCGGAAUUGAGUGAAGAAAUUUUCUCUAAUGCCAAACCUUACUCCGAAGUUCCUGGACCAAGACCGAUCCCGAUACUGGGGAAUACAUGGCGGAUGGUGCCUAUCAUCGGGCAGUUCGACAUUUCGGAAUUCGCGAAAGUGACCCAACAUUUUUUGGAUACUUACGGCAGGAUUGUGCGCUUAGGAGGGUUGAUUGGAAGACCGGAUCUGCUGUUUGUGUAUGAUGCGGAUGAAAUAGAGCGGAUGUACCGACGGGAAGGGCCAACACCGUUCCGUCCUGCGAUGCCUUGCCUCGUCAAAUAUAAGUCUGAAGUCAGGAAGGAUUUCUUCGGAGAACUGCCAGGCGUUGUGGGAGUUCACGGAGAUCAAUGGCGCCGUUUCCGUUCGAAAGUCCAGCGUCCCAUACUCCAGCCACAGACGGUGAAGAAGUACGUGGCUCCCAUAGAGAUGGUGACAGAAGACUUCAUCAAGUACAUGGAGAAUGCUCGCGAUGAGAAUGGAGACCUUCCUCAUGAGUUCGAUAAUGAUAUCCAUAGGUGGUCGCUAGAGUGUAUCGGCCGCGUCGCCCUCGAUACGCGGUUGGGUUGUUUGUCUUCGGACUUGACCAGCGAUUCAGAAACACAGCGAAUAAUUGAUGCGGCAAAAUUUGCGCUUAGAAAUGUUGCUGUGUUGGAACUUAAGGCGCCAUAUUGGAGAUACAUACCGACUCCACUUUGGACCAGAUAUGUUAAUAAUAUGAACUUCUUUGUGGAGCUUUGCAGCAAAUACAUCAAUGAAGCUCUGGAACGGCUAAAAACCAAAAAAGUUACCUCAGAGAACGACCUGUCUCUUCUGGAGCGUGUUCUGAGAAGUGAGGGAGAUCCAAAGAUCGCUACGAUCAUGGCACUUGAUCUUAUUCUAGUUGGAAUUGAUACGAUUUCAAUGGCAGUUUGCUCAAUCCUGUACCAAGCGGCGACAAGAUUGAAGCAACAGGAGAAGAUGGCGGAGGAGAUAAGGAGAGUGCUACCUGAUCCCAGCAAGCCUUUGAGUUACGCGGACUUGGAUAAACUGCAUUAUACCAAGGCGUUUGUUAGAGAAGUAUUUAGAAUGUAUUCUACUGUUAUCGGAAACGGCAGAACACUACAAGAAGAUGAUGUCAUUUGUGGCUACCAUAUUCCUAAAGGCGUUCAAGUGGUAUUCCCCACAAUCGUGACGGGUAACAUGUCCCAGUUUGUCUCCAACCCUGAGGAGUUCAAACCUGAGAGGUGGCUGGAGAGUGACGGUCGUCUGCAUCCCUUCGCCUCGCUACCAUAUGGAUUCGGAGCCCGCAUCUGUCUGGGCCGAAGAUUUGCUGACUUGGAGAUACAAAUUCUUUUGGCAAAGUUAAUCCGUCGAUAUCGUUUGGAAUACCACCACGAGCCGCUCGACUACGCUGUCACCUUCAUGUACGCACCGGACGGACCCUUGCGCCUGCGCAUGAUUGAACGAUAA